GCAGAAGUUGACAAUCCAAAUUCAACCAGAUGGUGAUACUGGAUGUGUUAAUAAUAGGGGGUGGCCCUCAUGCGUUGACCCUGGCGAGCUUGCUAACCAAUCCUGACCCUGACCCAAACUCAGACCCCAGACAUGACCCACCCUUCUCCCCCUCCUGCUCGGACCCCCUGAGGACUCAGACAAACCCAGGAACGUCCAAUAACAGAUGCUACAGUGACAAGAAGAAGAAGAGGAGGGCAACAACUGUCUAUGCAGGAAUGACACUGGAGGAGCAGUCAGCGAAGUCAACAAUAUCAGAGAAGGUUGCUUGCCCCCCGCUGAGUCUCCGAGUGGUGGAUUCCUAUGGAGAGUGGACCACUCUGUGGGAGAGCCAGUUCACAGCUCUGAACAUCCCUCAUCUGCGCUCACACACACUAGUGCACACUGACCCUCUCAAUAAGAAAGCUCUGCAGGACUUUGUUUUAAAGUGUGACCGAUCAGCGGAGCUUCACUGUCUUCCAGACCAGGUUUAUAUUCUGGACGAAAAUGCAUUUUUCAAUGACAUGCGACUUGGCAAGAAGGAGAAGAAACGACUGAACAUCACCUCGACGCUUAAGAAGAGUUUAUCCUUCAGUCUGCCGGGAACCAAACUAAGUGUGGACUUCUUUAAAGAUCAGGUGGAGAGACACAACUUGGGCAAAGUGCUGGUAAAGGGAACAGUGGAGCACAUCGUCCCUGUUAUUGAUUACAAGGAAGAGACGGAAGAAGAGAGUGACUUGAAGUAUUUUCAAGUCCAACUUCAAGAAGGCAGCAUCCUAAAAGCUCACCGGGUUGUUAUGGCAACAGGACCAACCCGUGCUCAGAUGGCAAACAUCCCUUCAUGGGUGAAAAGCAUUGGAGAGAGCUACCCAGAGGAGCGACUGCAGCACACAGUGCACCUCAUGCACCAUCUGACAAAUUCUAAGCAAGAACUUAGAGAAACAGAUUAACUGUGUGUAGUGUGUGAGACAGGGCAGAGGGUAAUGGUAGUUGGUGGAGGUCUGACCAGCGCUCAUGUCGUCUCAAUUGCCCUGCAGCAAGGUGCCAGCCAUGUGACAUGGGUCAUGAGGAAGCACCUCCAGUUGAAACAGUUUGAUGUGGGCGACGUGGAGAGUCUGGUGGGUCGUUACUCCCAUGUGGAGCACGGUAUCAAGAUGGAUGGCCAAGCGUAUCUACGGCAGUUCUAUAAUGAACGGAGUCUUCACAAACGGCUGGCUAUGAUUCGCCAGGCAAGGAAAGGUGGGGCUGUCACCCCAGAGGCCUACAUCCACCUACAGCCAUUCAUUCUGAAUGGACAGGUGGAUGUGAAGACAUACUGUCAGGUGAGUGAAGCCAGUUGGUGCUACAGGAACCAGGCCUGGAGUCUUUCCCUCAGCACUGGGGAGCACUGGACUGGAGAUAUGAUCUGGCUCGCCACCGGCUGCAAACUUGAUGCGAAGCAGGACCCGUUGCUUUCUGAGGUGAUAAAGGAAUUCCCAAUUCAGGUGAUAGAUGGUUGGCCGUGUAUAUCAGAAAGCCUACAGUGGGCCGAAGGGUGUCCGCUCUAUCUGAUGGGGCAGUACACCGCUCUUCAGGUUGGACCUCAUGCAGUAAACCUGGCUGGUGGACAGGCUGCCAGCAUGCGAAUUGCCAAGGACAUCAUGCGCCACCGGCAACAGGACAGUGGAGGUGCUUCUGACCUGAGUGGGGAGAAAUUUAAAACUGAAGAAUAUAUUCAACAGAUGCAAGGCCUUUUAUGGCUUUAACUUGAGGAACUCAAAAUCACGUGUGUGAGCAGUCUUC